CGCGCAUGCGCAGAGCGCUGUCAGGGCACGGCACACUCACACCGACAGUAUGGCGGCGGGCUGCUGCUGGAGGGAUGCUGCUGUCGCCGCUGCCUUCGCGAUGUGAUCGGAAUACCGACUGCCUGCGGAUUUACUACAGCCACCACCGAGGCCUGUCGCCGUGAUCUCGAUAAGAUGGCCCGGCUCGCCGAUUACUUCGUGGUAAUCGGCUACGAUCUCGAUAAAAGAGGAGGUAGUGAGGGUCAAGGCCGGAUUCACCAGCGUUUCCCAGAGAAAGACUGGGAAGAUAAUCCCUUUCCUCAAGGCAUUGAACUGUUCUGUCAGCCCAACGGUUGGCAGCUGGUUCCAGAAAGAAAACCUCCAUCUUUCUUUGUGGCGGUCCUCACAGACAUCAACUCAGAGCGACAUUACUGCGCCUGCUUCACUUUCUGGGAGUCCGUGGAGAACCCGCAGCUACAGAAGGGAGAGUCCAGUGAGGCCGAUGAAGACGAUGGUCCAGACGUUCUUCAGCCCGCUCAGCUCUACGCUCCAAGAAGCUUGGUUCUGGUCUCCCGUCUGGACCACACAGAGGUAUUUAGGAACUGUUUGAGUCUCAUCUACACGGUUCAUGUGGAUGGCCUCAACGUUCCUAUGGAAACGGUGAUCGGAAACCUUCUCACCUGUAUCAUUCCCAUAGCUGGAGGAUCUCAGAUCAAUGAUCCUCCUCUUUGUAGUUUAACUGACAGUCUGCUGGGUUGUUUCCAGCCCGGCCAGGAUGACGUAGAAGAGAGCUCGAGGACCAUAACGCUCGGCGCGGGCGACAGGCAGGUCAUCCAGACGCCCAUAAACGACUCUCUGCCUGUGAGCGGAUGCAGCGUGGCGCUGCUUUUCAGACAGCUGGGAAUCUUGAACGUUCUCUGUCUGUUUUGUGCUGCUUUGACGGAGCACAAGAUUCUGUUUCUGUCCAGCAGUUACCAGCGUUUGACAGAUGCCUGUCGAGCCCUGCUGGCCAUCAUGUUUCCUCUUAAAUACAGUUUCACAUACGUUCCCAUCCUGCCCGGAAAGCUGCUGGAGGUGCUCAGCACUCCGACGCCCUUCAUCAUCGGUGUCAACUCCCUCUUCCACUCGGAGACGCAGGAGCUGGUGAGAUUCUCUUCCCUGGACGUCAUCGUUGCAGAUUUAGACGGAGGCACAGUUACCAUUCCGGAGUGUGUCCACAUAUCCCUGCUGCCUGAGCCUCUUCUACAUCACACACAGACGGCCAUCUCCAUGGUUCUUGAUCCAGAGCUGGAAGUGGCCGAUCAUGCUUUUCCACCCUCCGUUCAAGCAUCCACGCUGAAGGUUCAGGACAAGGAGAUUCGCGCCAUCUUCCUGUGGCUGUUCGCUCAGCUCUUUCAGGGCUAUCGAUGGUGUCUGCACAUCAUUCGGAUCCACCCAGAACCAGUCAUACGCUUUUAUAAGGCUGCAUUCUUGGGGCAGAGAGCACUAGCUGAGGAUGACUUCCUCAUGAAGGUGUUGGACGGCAUGGCCUUCGCCGGGUUUGUGUCGGAGCGGGGUCCACCCUACAGAGCCACAGAUCUGUUUGAUGACCUUGUAGCCAAUCAGGCGAAGCGCAUUCGACAGGAGACAGGAAAUUCUCAAAAAGUGAUGAAGCAUGUUAAGGAGCUGGCAGAGCAACUUUUCAAAAACGAGAACCCGUACCCUGCGGUGGCCAUGCACCGAGUGCAGAGAACGGCAGAAAAUGCUCAGCCCCGUGUGCCGCAGACCUCCUUCCCACCCCUGGACGAAGUCAGCGUGCAGCUCUUUAUAGAUCACGCGGCUGCCAAACUUAAAACCGCUCCACCUGUGGUCAAAUCCGAACUGAAGGGCUUGGUGCCGGCCGGCCCUCCGCUGGCCGACGUAGUGGACAGGAAUGGGAACGUUCUGGCCAACAGUGCCAGAAGACUAGAGGUGGUCAGAAACUGCAUCAUGUACAUUUUUGACAACAAAAUGCUAGAAGCCAAGAAGUUAAUGCCAGCCGUAAUACGGGCUCUGAAAGGUCGGGCGGCUCGCGUGUGUCUGACCCAGGAGCUUAACCAGCACGUCCUGCAGAACAGAGCCGUUCUAGAUGACCAGCAGUUCGACUACAUCGUCCGCAUGAUGAACUGCACCCUACAGGACUGCUCACAUAUGGAUGAACAUGGUAUAGCCGCUGCUCUCCUGCCAUUGGUCACUGCCUUCUGUCGGAAACUGGGCGGAGGCAUCACUCAGUUCGCCUACAGCUGCGUUCAGGAGCACACUGUGUGGACCAACAUGCAGUUCUGGGAGGCCAUGUUUUACAGCGAUGUUCAGAAACACAUCCGCAGCCUCUACCUGGAGAACGAAGACGACGGAGAUGCAUCCGCUAAUGACGGCGAGGGCGAUCAGCAGCAGGUGAGCGCGCUGGAGCUGGCGUCCGAGCAGAGCCGUCUGUGGCCCACGCUGAGCAAAGAGCAGCAGCAGGAGCGCGUCCAGAAAGAGGAGAGCACUGUGUUCAGCCAAGCCAUCCAUUACGCCAACCGCAUGAGCUACCUGCUCCUCCCGCUGGACACCAGCAAGAACCGCCUGCUCCGCAGCACCGGCCUGGGCGAUGUGGAGAGUGUCAGCAACAGCUACGUCACCAACAGUAUUGCGGGCAGCAUGGCGGAAAGCUACGACACAGAAAGCGGCUUUGAAGACGCUGAAAGCUCGGACGUGGCCAACUCCGUCGUGCGGUUUAUCAACCGGUUUGUUGACAAAGUGUGCAACGAGAGCGGAGUUACCAACGAGCACCUGAAAGCCCUUCACACCAUGAUACCAGACAUCGUUCAAAUGCACAUCGAGACGCUGGACGCAGUCCACAGAGAGAGCAAGCGACUGCCGCCCAUCCAAAAGCCUAAGCUUUUAAGGCCGACGCUUCUGCCCGGUGAAGAGUUUGUGAUGGAAGGAAUGAGGGUACACCUCAUAGCAGACGGGCGAGAGGAAGCCACGGGUGCGCUGGGCGGUCCGCCCCUGCUGCCGGCCGAGGGGGCCGUCUUCCUGACCACCUACAGGAUUAUCUUUAAGGGCACGCCCACCGACCCUCUGGUCGGCGAGCAAGUGGUCUCCCGCUCCUUUCCCAUCGCCUCUCUUACGAAAGAGAAGAGACUCUCAGGAUCUCAGGUGAGCGUUCCCUUGGAUCAGUUCGUCCAGGAGGGCCUGCAGCUGCGUUCCUGCACGUUUCAGCUGAUGAAGAUCGCCUUCGAUGAGGAGGUGGCUUCAGAUUUGGCUGAGGUGUUCAGGAAACACGUGCAUAAGCUCAGAUACCCGCAGCACGUUCAGGGCACGUUUGCCUUUACUGUGGGCCAGUCUGCCAAGCUUGUGGUGGAACACAAAACCAAGGAUAAGAACCAAUCAUUAAAAACGCUGUCUAAAAACCUGGUGAAGACUGCAAAGAGAACCAUUGGGCGGCAGUAUGUGACCCGGAAGAAGUAUUCUCCACCCACCUGGGAAAACCGAAGCAGUUUGCAGUCGGAGAUGGACGAAGAUGAGAUCUCUGUGUCUGAAGAGCCUGAUCAGAGUUCCCUCACGUUGUCCUCCACCAUCCGUUCAUCUGACCGGCAGACGAUGAGUAAUGUCGUCGAGCGGGCUUGUUGCCGCGACUACCAGCGGCUAGGAUUGGGAACGCUCAGUAACAGCCUGACCCGAUCCAAAAACGAACCCUUCCGUAUCUCAACCGUCAACCGGAUGUACACCGUCUGCCGAAGUUACCCCGGGUUACUGAUCGUGCCUCAGAGCAUCCCGGACUCCACCAUCCAGCGCAUCUCUCGCUGCUACAGGCAAAACCGCAUCCCCGUGGUGUGCUGGAGAAAUUCUCGCACCAAAGCGGUGCUUCUGCGCUCGGCCGGCCUGCACGCUAAAGGCGUGGUGGGGUUCUUCAAAUCGCCCAAUGCGCCCACUGCAGGCCCGUCUCAGGCAGACUCCACCAGUCUGGAGCAGGAGAAGUAUCUGCAGGCCAUCAUCAGCUCCAUGCCCUCCUACAGCGACGCCAGCGGGAGAAACACGCUCAGCGGCUUCACCUCUUCACACAUGAGCACAUCAGACUCAUCAGACAAGCUCAGGCAACCUAAAAUAGGAGCGUUAAUGAAACAGGUCAUGGGUGCUAAAGAGGAUGUGCCGGGAACCUUCAGUAGAGGAGCGCUGGGUCAGAGGGCAAGGGUCAUCUCCCUCUCUCAGCCUAGAGUUUCGGUCAAGGCCCGCAACUCGCCUAGAGGAAAAUGGGGCAGUAUUCGUGGCAGUGGGCGGCUCAGCAUGUAUAAUGCUGAUGUGGGGAACAGGCUGGCUGGGAAGGAGUCGCCUCAAGCCAACGGAGGCCCAGCCGAGCCCUACUUCCUUCGGCAGCAGAGAGCAUACCUCUACAUCAUUGGAGACAAGUCCCAGUUAAAGGGCGGAAAGCAGGACUCUUUCCAGCAGUGGGAGGUGGUGCCCAUCGAGGUGUUUGACAUACGGCAAGUGAAGAACAGUUUCAAGAAGCUGAUGAAAGCUUGUGUGCCUUCUUCAACCAAAAACGAUCCAAACAUGACCUUCCACCGCUGCCUGGAGGAGUCCGAGUGGAUGAAUCUGCUUCACAGGCUUCUGCAAGUGUCUGUUCUUGUUGUGGAGCUGUUGGACAACGGUUCCUCCGUCAUGGUUAGUCUCGAAGAUGGUUGGGAUGUCACAACACAGGUGGUGUCUCUGGUUCAGCUUCUGUCAGAUCCGUACUACCGAACCAUCGAUGGCUUCAGGCUGCUGGUGGAGAAAGAGUGGUUGUCGUUCGGCCAUCGAUUUAGCCAUCGCGGAGCCCAGACGCUUGCCAGCCAGAGCAGCGGGUUUACGCCAAUCUUCCUUCAGUUUCUAGACUGUGUGCAUCAGAUCCAUCUGCAGUUCCCCAUGGAGUUUGAAUUCAGUCAGUACUACCUGAAGUUUCUGGCCUACCACUACGUCUCCAACCGCUUCCGCACAUUCCUGCUGGACUCUGACUAUGAGCGCAUAGAACUGGGUGUUUUGUACGAGGAAAAAGGCGAGAGGAGGAACCCUCAGGUGUGUAAAUCAGUGUGGGAUUACAUUGACCGUCUCAACAAGAAGACUCCCAUCUUUUACAACUACAUGUUCUCACCUGAGGAGGAGGAGGUCCUAAAGCCAUACAGCUUCAUCUCAAACCUGAAAGUUUGGGACUUUUACACGGAGGAGACGCUUUCAGAGGGUCCAUCCUUUGACUGGGAGUUGGUGCGGGGCAGACAGGAGAAACCGUCGGAGGAAGCGGGUGAACGACUGGAGACAACAACUCCCAAAUCGCAGCGAAGGAUUGUUUGGCCAUGUUACGACAGCCUCAGUAAAGUAGUGCCUGAUGCCAUCACCAAACUGUUGCAGGAUGUGCAGAAUCUAGAAUCCGAGUUGGGCCAGCCAACAGAAAAAUGGAAGGACACGUGGGACAAGAUUAAGACAGCCCAACGGGUGGAGUCCAGACUAGAAAGCAGGCACUCGUUUUCCAGCUCUCUGCUCAUGUCGUCUAAUCUGAGUCACCAGCGGCGCUCUCAGGGUGUGUAUCUGCAGGAGAGCGGGGUAGGCUCCUCUAUCAAUCUGGCUCUGGACUGUGAAUCCGCCACCUCAACGCCUGCGGCUGGUCGGCCCAGUACCAGCACGCUCUACAGCCAGUUCCAGAGCACUGAGAGCGAGAACAGGAGCUUUGAGGGUAUUUUAUACAAAAGAGGCGCUUUGCUCAAACCGUGGAAACCACGUUGGUUUGUGUUGGACAAGACGAAACACCAGUUGCGAUACUAUGAAUCACGGCAAGACAAAGUGUGUAAGGGAGUAAUCGAGUUAGCCGAAGUGGAAUCUGUCAUCAUGGGAACGCCUGCCAUGGGAGCACCUAAAAACAUUGACGACAAAGCCUUCUUCGAUCUCAAGACGACCAAACGUGUCUAUAACUUCUGUGCCCAGGACAGCAUGAAUGCACAGUUAUGGAUGGACAGUAUUCAGAGUUGCCUAUCUGACGCAUAAGAGAAAAUAACUGUGACUCUUUGGAGGGCGGAGCUAAUUAGGGACAUUGCUCAUUGCCGAUGGGCGGGGCUUCCCCCAGCGUUCUCCCAGCGAGAGAAGUUAUAACGGACGGUGGUAUUGGACUUCACAGUAUCACACCUCACAUUUCAACGUUUUUAAAAAACAUGUCAAAACUUAUAAAAAAAUCGAAUUCCCAUAAAACUCAUAUCAGUAGUCUUUGUUACUGUUGCCACAUUUUUCCUAACACCAUCACAUUCCCUGGAUGUUCUCUAAUGCUUGUUUGAAAGAUGGCAUUGUGUUAUUUCUGAUGGACUGCGAUUCUUCAUCUGACAUGUCCAAGUGUCGCUCGCUCGCACCCUCCCGUAACGCUCUAAUACUGCCAAUGGCGCCUUCAAGCUAUGCAGGGGCUCAAGCAUGCCCAAUAACUCACAAAAGAGUGACGCGUCACGUUAAAUUCUUGGGAUUGAUCUGAAUUGAGAUUAUCACUUCAUCACUGGUCUACUAUUCUGUCUUCUCAUUGGCUGGUUCAGUUCUCUUACUCCCUCCUGAUUGGUUGGCUUUGGCUUUGGCUUUGUCAGAGCCUUUUCUGAAGCAGGGUCUACAUGCAACGAUCCAUGAAGGAUUAUGUGUGAAUUGUUAUUACAUUUAUUUACGUCCAAGUAAUUGUCCAAGUUUACCACGGCUGAAGUUUUGUCCAAUUUGAUCAAAAUGCCAUCUGGAGAUUAUACAUUCAGAUUCGAGUGUUUACAAGGUGAGUCUUACAAAAUAUUCGGUUUUAUUUUCCCCCGACAAAACAGCAAAAACAACUAUCGCUAUUAAGAAUCUAAGGGAUGCUGAAGGACAUGGAGGGAUAGUUUUGUCAUGAUAAUUUAUCCACAGAAAUGUGAUUCUUUUAUGAAAGAGAUGCCGAUCGACGGGGAGACAUUGUCUUGAGAGGCUUUUGUAACCACUUUGUUUCAUCAAUUGUCUGUUUACAUGAAUCGGAGGCUAGAGACUGGAGCUGGUUGCCAUGACAACUGGUUUCAGCAUCACUUCCUGUGACAGUUUAUGCAAAAAUACUGUAAAUAUGUACAUGCAAUCAAUACAGUUUAUCUCAAAUGGGAACAAUUCAAGUUAAAUUGGUUUCUUGGGACCUGCCAUAUCUGUUUAUGGAGAUUUCUCAGUACAUCCAUAAAAGUAUUUAGAAAAAUUGGAAAUCUGGAAAAUGCAAAUGGAAAACGUUGAGAGGACAAGCAAGGCCGGUUGUCAUUCCUUCCAAGUUCUCCAGGCUCUGAGGCUCUUGUGGGUCUGUCAGAAUCAGUGUUUUUUUAGUUUGUUACCUGUUCUAUGUUGAAUCCUGUACAUAGAGGAGUUUGUUUAUAUUAUUCCUUUAAAGAAAGAGUCUAUUUUGCCAGACUUUGUAAGGAUGCACGGAAGAGGAUCACCUGUUUAUCACAGGAUUGGACACCAGAACUAACACACAUACACAGUGUAAAAUAGGGUUAUACUUCUGAAUUGUUAAAAACGAAAUUGUAGAUUUUUGUUCCAAUAACUCCCUUUGUAUAUAAUACUCAGAAAUGUAUGUUAAUGCUAGUAAUUUAUUUAACGUUGUCUCGAAUAUGACUCCUCAGAGCACCACUUAACUUUUAAAUUAGACAUCCAAUACGUGCCAUUGUUUAUCUCUGUGUUAACGCAACUAAUGAUAAAUAUUUUUUUGGAAAACCUUCAGAUGUGACUCAUAAAUAAACCCAGAGUUUCUUUUUAUUUUUUUCUUUAUCUGAUGUUUGUUACUCCAGAAAAUAACAACGCUCACCUAGUAAACGUUGACUUGUGACAACAUAAAUUGAACAUUUUAAUUAUUUAUUUUUCAUACUUUUUUAUUAGAUUUAUUUAAUCUGAUUCAGGUUCUGUUGUCGAUCAUGCCAUAUGUUUUUUUUAGGAUUAAACCACUCUGGGGUUUAUGACCUCCUAUCA